UUUGUCCCAGCCAAAAGACCGAUUUUCCGUUACCGUAGUUAUCUUCUCUCUCUCUCUCUCUCUCUCUCUCUAGCCAUAACACGAUGGAGGCUCCUCCGUCACAGAUCUCGUAAUCUCUCUCUGAGAAAAGCGGUCCAGAGCUUUUCCGGUGCUUUUGUAAAGCUCUAAUUGCCGAACAUUGUCAAGCUUCAGUACUGUUUUCAGUACUGAAAAUCUUCUGUACUCCCAACAAGGAUAAGAUGACUGCAUAAAUUUUGCUGGGUUUGUAUAGCGUAAUGGGUCGAGCGUCAAAAGCUGCUAAAACGAUUAGAAAGAAUGAUCAACUUAUUGAACUACCAGAUGGGGUACUUUCCACCAUCAUCUCUAUGCUGACAUUGAAAGAUGCUGUGAGGACAAGUGUCUUAUCUAAGCAAUGGAGAUUCAUCUGGAUUUGUCAUUCUGACCUCUGGUUCGAUUCUGCUAAUGUACUUGGGAGGCUAGUUUCCUCCAACAGCAUAUCCGAGUCAGAGAAAAAAUUACAGACAUGUAAGUUUCUAGAGCGGGUCAAUCAAUUUAUGCAUCAGCGAUGCAAAGGCACAAAAGUAGACUCUUUUGCCCUCCAUUUUUGCUUAGGCAAGGAUUCUGCUCCUCACAUAGACCAAUGGAUCAGUUCUGCAAUAACAAAGGGAGUUGAGAAUAUCGAUCUUGAUUUAUCAGAGUCAUGUAUUUUUAUGGCGGAUCAUUAUUCUUCUACUGCGUCAGAAGGGUCAGAAGAAUACGAGUUCCCCAUCCGGCUUCUUGCUGCUGCUGGGGAAAAAAGCAGGGUAAAGCAUCUGCAACUUACCUCAUGUGGCCUCAUUGCUCCUCUAGAUUCCAACAGUCUCACCUCCCUUGUUACCAUUCAACUGGAACAUGUAAAAAUAGGUGAUGAGCAGCUGGAGAGUCUCUUGUCAGCUUGCUUGUUUCUUGAAGGACUAAGUUUGCAUCUGUGCAAUUGUCUCUUCGAAUUGAAUUUUAUUGCUCCAAACCUCCGGUUGAAGCGUUUGAGCAUACAUGACUGUUUCAGAUUGCAGAAAAUGGAACUACGCGCCAAAAAUCUUGCUUUGUUUGAAUAUACCGGUCACUUGAUUUUAUUUUACUUCAAAGAUGUACCAAGGUUGGCUGAGGCCUUUCUGAAUUUCACUACUGACAGCAGGCUGGAUGGUGCAGCUUAUGCUCUGACAAAAUUUGUGAGUGAUGUUCCUCAAUUGGAGACACUAAAUUUAGUCUCGGUACUGGCUAUGAAGGUGGUAAAGCUUCCGGAAACUGUACCUACUACAUUCACCAAUAUCAGGGAAUUGGUGCUGACCAUUUUUCCUUUUGACGAUGAAGACAAACUCUGCUGGAGUAAUUAUAUCCUGAAGAAUUUCCCUGUGUUGUAUAAACUGCAGCUAAAUUUGUUUUGCGCAAACUUUAUUAAACAACCAAAGGAGAUCGGGAGGAUCCUUCAUGACUGCCCUCAUAACCAUCUCACUGAGCUAGAGAUUAAUGGGUUUUAUGGUAAUCACCACGAACAAGUGCUCCUCAAGUAUCUGCUUGACAACCUAGUCGAACUGAAAGUUCUUGCGGUCAGCCCUUGCCAGAAGGUCUACAAGGGAUUCAACAGCUGGCUUUAUGAAGAAGCAAACUUGUGGUAUAAAGUUCGAAUGGAGAGCGUCUGUGAGUGGCUUGAUGCAGUAGUUCCCCCAACUGUCCGUCUGGAAGUUUGUGCAGUAUAACUGUUCAACUGCAUUUCUUGUAAAUGACUAUAUGUGGACUCACAUUUAUCCAUUUUGAGGGCUUAAAAGUAAACUGGCACAAGUUGAACUGCUUUGCGGUAGGAACUUCGAGUCCUCAUUUUGAAAACCAUCAUCAUCUUCAAGCUUGGAGGGUAUCUAACUGGAGCUUCAAUCUACUACAAGUUAUGACAUCAUCUACAAUGUCAGAAGGUGCUCUGGACGAUUUCCAAAACCUCAAUCUUGUGUGUGUUUGUGCAGUUGUGUUGAUAGGUAUAAAUCUUUAUAUGCUUGCGCAUGCAACUAGAAUUAUUCAAAGUUUUGGGAUUUGGUUACUGGCUGUGAAGGAAAUACAUAAACUUGGUGACAGGAGUGGAGACGAUGGUGCGAAGAACCCAGAGAGUUCUAGUAUGGCUGGUGACGUCCAAGGAUUGGGGAUGGGUUUGCCUGACUUGAGAAGUAAGAAAAAGGGCAAGCAAAAGGUUUCAAAGGACUCGCAUGUAUCUUAGGCACUUGAUAAGCUGACAGAACAGACUAGGGAGGCUGUCAAGGGUUUGGAGUCGAUAGGUACCAGACCUGGUGCAGGGGAUAUCGAGAAUGAUGCAAUGAUGGAGGAUUGGGCAAAGCAGUUUGAGGAGCUUGCUGGGACUCAGGUAUGUUGCUUAAUUUCUGAAUCAGGGUUAGAGUUUUGCUUGCCUUAGUUAUUGGAUUGCAAGAUUAUCUUUUUUAGUGGUGACUGUGUGCUUAGUAACUGUAGCAUUGUGAACUCACUUAGAAACGUAAUUUCACCUUGUGUUUCUCAAUGUGAAUCUGGAAUCGCCAUGGUGUUUAUGAUUAAGCGUUUGCGAAUCAAUUAAUGGUUCAUUUCCUGGGGCUUGUGCACCCUUCCAUGAUAAGUUUAAUGCAUCAGCAUAAGGAAACAUAUUGUGGUUAUUUACUUGAAGAAAACCCUUGGAAAAUAUAUCAUCAGACCCUUCUUGAAAGCCUUGUGGAAGAGCAUUUGAAUUACAUAAUCCACUUCUGAUGGUAAUCUUCUCUUUUUUUGGCCGAGGUUGGCAUGUCAAUUGGAUUUAAUCUGAAAAGAUCUGUGUAUCGGAUCCGGUUAUAAAAAAAUCUAAACCCAGUCCCAAUCAGAUUUUUGCAAAUCCUUUAACAUCAAUCCAAAAAAUUGGAUAUCUGUUAUGACAAUGCUAUCCCAUUCGUUUAUCCUAUUCAAUAAUUAAGCAUACAAGCCCAAAAUCCAUCACUUGAAUCUUGAAUUUGUAUCUAAAUACACAACACUUAAAAAAACCAAAAUUAAAAUUAUUGGAUUGGACUUGUAAACAGAUCGCAUAUAUUCGAAUCCGAUCUGUUGGUUUUCGGAUUGUCGGAUUGGCAUUGUACUGUAUCAGAUCCGGUCUGAUGGCAGGCUUAAGCUGAGGUACUUGGGAGCUUCUAGAUUGUAGCGAUUUUAGCAAGCAGGUGAAACUUGGGCAUCUGGGUGAAAGGACACUUUCCAGUUAACCCCCCAACACAUCACACAGAGAGAAGAAUAAGAAAAAAAAAGAAGGGAAAACCUAGAACUUUGCAGACUUGCAGUAUCCUCUGAUUUGGAAGGAAGCAUCCACAAAGAGGCGUGAUCCAUUCCACUUGAAAAGUUCAGGCUGGGGCUCCAAAUUGUGGAAUGUGUAUAGAAUAGUAUAAAGCAUGGACCUUUUAGCUUCUAAAUCAGAAAGUCUAAUAGCUUCAUUAUUAGCAGUAGAAGGGAUCAACAUUUUGAUGGCACAGCUUCUUCCAUGUUGCAGUGCCUGUUCUAUGAAUAUUAUUGUCUUCCCUUAUGCAACCAAAUAAAUAUGCAGAAAACCAUUUAGGUGAUAAAAUUGUGUGGCAGCUACUUGUGAAAGUUUGCAUACUCUGUGACAGAGGUUAAGUUUACUUAUUGCAAAGAUUCCUUAAGUUAGGAUAAAGUCUGGUUUGAACUUCGAAGAAAAGUAAUUACUUUCUCAACCUCAAUAUCCUUUCCAGUGUAGCUCAUCAUCAUGCGGGAUAUAGACAUGGUAAUAAAAAAAUGUUUUAAACUGUUAGUUGGAUAGUUUGAAAUCAGCAGUUACUCUAGGAUUUUUUCCUCCCUGACAGAGUUACUAUAUACUGUUUUUGAGCUUCUAAAACACACUACGUAAAUUUCAAGGCCUUCAAGCAUCUAAAGUAGGAUUCACUAAUUUUUUUUCUUCAGACCAGGUGAGGGCCUUGUCUUAUUCCGUGGAAUUUGAGCUAUCUAUCAUCAUAAUUGUUUCAGUAGAGUGAGCACUAUCAAGAAUUUGUAGAGGAUGAAAUUUAGCUGAAGAGAUCAUUUCUUUUGCCACACACAGAAGCAUACUUAGACACAGGGUCAUUGAGAUUUGUCAUGGAAAUUCCAAGUAAUAGACCCACCAGUUACAAUUGGUAAAUAUUGAAAUGAUAUGAAAUUCUCUUCGAAAAAUCAGUUUUCCAAUAGAAUUUUCCCCAAAUCUUUUUGUAGAUCUGUUUGCAGUGUAAAAUUCACCAUUAUGAGGAAAAGGUUAACUAACUACAUCAUAGGAAAUGCCCAACAUUUGUUUACAACUACUUUUCCUAAUGGCCACAGUACGUGGACAGUUGGAACACAACUACUGGUAGAUCUGCUUAGAUUCUCAAAUAUCCUGAUUCACCAAACAAUCUCUGUUAGAAAACCUAACCACAGAGCAGUGAAUUCCAUUAAUGGUGUUGUCUACUAUUGCAAGCAUUUGGCACGGUUCAUGAUUCAAUUUGCAGUUUUAUUAACAGUUCAUAAUUUGAGGAGAUCUAUUUUGGAGAGAAUUUGUAGUGAACCAUUUCCUGCAAAUCAGCUAAAUUGUGUGGAGUCUGUAUGGUAAGGACCGGCAGCCAGCUGUAAAAGGAGUCGUCAUUACUUCACCACUAGACUCCCAAGCCAACCAAGCCUUAAGUCCCAAUCAGGUGGGAACUUCACCACCAGCCUCAGAUCCCGAAAAUGCAAAUCAAAACCCCUGGUCAAAAUGAAUUUUUUCUAUAGUCAUGAUCAAACUUUUUUGAAUUAUAAUUGCAUAACAUACUAGAUUGGUUUUUCUCGUUACUGGGCCAUUUUAAAGUUCAAAAUCACGUAUCUAUAUCUUUUUUGAGAGCAUUUGUUUUUAUAACUGGUAGAGGUUGACCAUAUGCUGCACGAUUAGAUCUGCAUCCACAUUGCAACCUGAUUGUGAUAUGUCCUUCUUGAAGGUUAACUCUUCUAGAAAAACUGACACCUUGCAUGGUGUCUCCCAGACCUAGUUUAGCUUGCUUGGGCUUUCCUUGGAUGAAGGUUUUCUCUUGGAUGAAGGUUUUCUUCUCACGCCUUGUAGAAGAAGUGUCUUUUGCCUGUUAGUAGCGCUAACUCAGAAUGACAAGUUGAAGGUGGAUCACUGUGCUGUGUGCGUGAGUGUGUGUGUAAUCCAGAAGCUCCUUAUACGAAGCCAGUACCCCCCUUACCCCAAAAGAAUAUUGCAAUACAGUAGUUUAUUUUUCCAAUCUACUCGGUUGUGAACAGUGAAUGGAAGGGGAAAGUGGGGAAUUUGGGUGGUUUGAUUGUAAUGCCCUCAUUUUAAAUGGCAAUAGGAUAGGUAACGGAGUUAGCUCUGGGGACUAUUUAAACAUGCAUUAUAAGCAUUGGGGAUGUAAUAGACGCGAUUUGUAUAUUGGAGAUCAAAUUGACAUUUUGAAAAU